AUUAGAGGUGAAUUGCAUUACUUCGGUGCAAUUCAAAUUGAAAUCAUAUUAUUUCGAAGAGAUUUUUAUUGGAAUUGCACUGUUCCAAUCGUCCCCGGCAUUUGUUUAAGUUUUAUUAAUAAGAAAAAGAAAAAAGUUUCUGGAGGAAAAGUCGAAUACGAUUAGGAAACGAAACAUCAACUGAUAAAAAAACAUUCUGAAUUCCAUUGAUUAGAAGAAAGAAAGAUAAUCGAAAGUCAAUAAGUCAUACAGCUUUAGUUUAUUUGUUGGUCUCUCCUUCUCUGAUAAGAGAAAGGGAAGAUGAACGGCGGUCCCUCGGGUUUCAAUAAUGCUCCAGUCACCAGAACAUUUGUCAUCGCUAGUGCGAUUUUCACCGUUUUCUUUGGGAUCCAAGGCCGUUUUAACAAGCUUGGUUUGUCGUAUGAGGACAUAUUCAGAAAUUUUCACCUAUGGAAGUUGAUUGUGUCAGGAUUUGCCUUUUCAUCUGCACCAGAACUGAUGUUUGGGCUUUAUCUUCUAUACUACUUCAGGGUGUUUGAGAGACAGAUAGGUUCUAAUAAGUACUCAGUCUUCAUCUUAUUCUCCAUGAUAGUUUCAUCACUCUUUGAAGUCCUAGCACUGGCUCUUCUUAAAGAUCCUGAAAAGAACCUAAUCACAUCUGGACCAUAUGGUCUUAUAUUUGCUUCAUUCAUACCCUUUUUCUUCGACAUUCCAGUUUCGACAAGGUUCCGUGUGUUUGGAGUUCGCUUUUCUGAUAAGUCCUUCGUAUAUCUUGCUGGUCUACAGCUUCUUUUAUCAUCAUGGAAAAGAUCUCUGCUGCCAGGAAUAUGUGGAAUUCUCGCUGGUUCCAUGUACCGUCUAAAUAUCUUCCGCAUCCGCAAGGCCAAGUUCCCUAAGUUUGUUGCUUCAUUCUUCUCACGGCUUUCCUGGCCAUCUGUUGGGAGUUCAUCUGCAACACAGGGUAGAAAUGUUGUAGGAAGCAUGCCAUCCUACGCAAGGCGCCAAGUGGAGAGAAAUUACCCUUCUUCCGUGCCUUCCAGUAUAGAUCCGCCAGAAGACUCCAUUGCUAUGCUUGUUUCUAUGGGCUUCGACUGGAACUCUGCCAGACAGGCACUUGUGCAUGCAAGAAACGAUAUCAAUGUGGCUACAAACAUCCUUCUUGAAGCACAAUCUCGCUAAUUCUGGAAACAAAAAGAAAAAUUGUUGAGAAAGUGAAAACUGGACUUCUCGAACCCAGAGCUGAAUCCGUUGACAUCAAGCUGUGGUAGUUUAACAUAAGUGCGAAUUACAACCACCCAAUUGAUGUGCUCCAGGAAUACAUCAGGGCACUCAUCUUUUUGAAGGGUUUUCCCUUAUCUUUACGACACUGUCUAGUUUUAAUUAUUAGCACAUCCCUAUAUAUAACACCAUUAACACUAAAGUUUAGGAGCCUGUAGAAUUUUUAUGCCAUAGCGGAAAACAUGCAUUUCCCCACAAAGUUAAGGAUGCCAUGCAUGCAGGCAAUUCUGUCAUAUGAUCCAUUUAGAUGCUGAUGAUAAGUUUGUAAAUUGGUUAUCUUAGUACUUUGCAAAUUUCAUUGUCAGAAUCUACCCUUCCA